UCAACAUAAAGGUUUUCAGAUCAACAAGGACAAACAUUUAAUAAACAAAUUUUUUUUUGUUUUUACUGAAAUCUGUGGACAGUCUUUGCAAAGUAUGUUCACAAAUAGAACAGCAUGGUUCUCAAAUAGUGUGAGAAGAGGAAGCCGUUGGUUUUGGGUAUCUGAGGGUGGCGGUAUUACAAGUUGGGAGACUGCUGACUACCUUUUCAGUGAGGAUGCCACCUGUCCUGAUACAGAAAGGAUAUUUGAGAGUGUGGACUAUGCUGAGAACAGGCUAACAGUUUUUCACAGCUUCUAUCUAGCUGCCUGUGAGAAAUGCCACAGUGUCAAGUCAGUGUGCAUUGGUCAUUAUGUGCUGCCUCCAGUCUCUGUCCAGGAGGUGGUGAAAGCAGUGGUUGGGAGAUUCAUUUGGGAGCAGGAGGAUAAUGCAAAGGCUGUUGAUACAGAGGAUUCAGAUGACAGACUGGCAUUGGGCAAUAGGCAGAAGGAAGAGGAAUACAGUGGAGUUUGCUGUGAUCACACAGACAACAAUAGUUGCCAUGCGGUACCCUUUCUGGAUACUCCGGAUACUCCACAAAGAGAGGGUGCGCUGUGUUGUGAAGUACAACAUUACCCAGUUAAUAACAUGGUUACAGGGUAUGUCAGUAUUGAUGAACUGAGGACUUACUCAGGAGAACUUCAAGACUUCCUACCAGGCCAUUGUGGUUCUUCAGUCUCUAAAAAAAGGCGCUCCACAGUAGAUAUUGCUUAAUGUCUUAUUACAAGGAUACAGAUCACAGGGAUAAUUAAGAGUAACACUUUUUAUUGGAGAAGAACAAAUACACUAUGGG